GAGGAUAGAGAGCUCUAUACGGCUGCAAUCGGCUUGUUUCAUUCGGCUCUUUUUGAAGAAUUGGAAAAUAGUUACACAUCUACUACGAUCGGUGCAUUCUGUGAUAUGUCCCGAACCUGUGGUAUAUAUACCGUUCAAAUGCCCCUUUCAUCGGAUGCAACGAUACAGACCAAGGGGUUGAUCCUCUAUCUCCAUUAUCAAUGGUCGUCCCAAAAUACUACGUGGGAGCUAUCAUAGCCUGCAUCAUAUCCAUCAUCUCCCUCAGCGCCGCCAUUGUACCUCGCCUCACAGCCUACCAACCUACCCUCCAAUCCCAAACCCCCCUAGAUGGACCGGGGUGUGAUGGAUCCGGCAUAGUUGAUCCAGAUGGCCGAUGCAGCGGCGACGGAAUUCUCAAUCCCAUUCCGGAUCCAGACCGGGAAGGGUUCAAGUUCGACAACCCGUCGACGGACUGUGAAUAUGUUACGCAGAUGUACAUCUACGAUACCUUUAAAGUGCUGGAAAAGGACAUGACCAAGCUGUUCACUUACAUCCACAAGGACGUGGACUUUCAUGUCAUGGGCCACCAUCCGAUUGCGGGACAUUAUCACGACCUCAUGCAUUUCUAUGUCAAUGCGCUGCGUCGGGUGGCCAUGUGCUUUUCCGAACAUGCAGAGCGGUUUGAGGUGCAUCCACAGGCUAUUCAUGGGGGUUGUAAUAGCAAGUGGUCGGUCCAGGAAGUGCUGUUUAAGGGACUGAUGAACUCAGGGGAUGCAUUUGAGGUCGUCAAUGUCUGGGUAACCCGAUGGCAUCACGGACAGAUGGUCGAAAUUCGAACCUUUGUAGACCAGGGCCGGAUCACCGAGGCACUGCACAAGAACGAGUUAUGGUGGAAUGCCACGUCAAACCGGGAGAAUCUGCAGUACAUGCCUGGCCCAGCAGGCAUGCCGGAUUUGAAGGAACUGGAAAAAUAUCUAGGCUAUCCAGAUGGUCGCAAGUAUCAAGAUUGA